CCCUCAAAAACUACAAUUCAUUCCUUGUUGGAGUGGUUUGUCUGUCUGCUGCAGCUUUUAGGAAGCAUGAUUCCUAAUUUGGUGCAGCCCGUUCCAUAUACUAAUGCAGCAGCAUCUCCAAUUGCUAUUAUACCUGAGGUUCUUAAAGAAAAUAAUUAUGAAAGGUGGAGCAUUUUAAUGCGACACUAUUUAAUGGCUCAAGGCCUUUGGGAUGAUGUUAUUCUAUCAAGCCAGAUUCCUCUUGCCAAAAGUCCAGAGGACUGGAUUAAAAAGAAUGCUUCAGCUCUGUUUGCAAUUAAGAUUUCAUGUGGAGCAGAAAAGUUUGAACAGAUUAAGAUGAUGAAUUCAGCCAAAGAUGCCUGGGAUGCAUUGGCCAGUUUGCAUAAACCACCAAAUGCAGACAAGCACGGAGGAAGUGAAACUGAUAAUGAUAAAUUGCUUACUAUUAGGAACAAGAAAGGAUACAUACCACUUGUGGUCGCGUGUUCCAACAGGAAGAAGGAUAUGUCAUCCUAUCUGUAUUCUGUAACUCCACCUGCGUUCUUCUUACGUCCAGAAAAUAGCGAUCAGGGAACCUUGUUCCUCAAAAACUGUGUACUCAACGUCAUGUUUGAUGUUGGUUUGGAUCUAUUCCUUCGUUGUCCACAAUUGGCAGCUAGCACUACAGAAUCCAUUACUAUUUCAGAAUUGUCUGAAAAUCCUUCUCUACUCCCUAGCAGGGCACCGGUUGACCCUCUUGAGCUACUUUUGUCUAAAUGUCUAUUUAUGGUUAAGCUGCCAUCUCCCUCUGAGAAUACGGAUGGAAGCAGAAAAAAAAUCUUCCGAAUACGUGUAGCAUGGAUUAAAGUAUUAAGUGUAAUACCAAUCGUUCAAGAUAUAUAUACGCACGUAUAUAAUCUGAAGUUAACCCGUAUGUAUGCCAAUUCGGUUUUGCAAAACUGGUGCAAGAAAAUAUCAACCUACAAGGGUGCCACACAACUUGUUGAAAGUGGAACAAUCUCAGCGAUCUUUCAAGCAAUCAAGGAUGGCACACUCGAAAUUGUGAUUGAGAUCCUCAAAUCGAACCCCGAUCUAAUUUGGUGCAAUGAAAACCUUUCAAGAGAAAUACUCAUCUCAGCAAUCAAAUAUCGUCGAGGAGGUAUUUUAGGGUUUGUUUUGAGGCUUGAUGCAGGGAAGAAAACAUUUCUUUCUUUAACAGAUGAAGAUGGAAACAACGUGUUGCAUCUAGUAGCCAAGUUACCAGACUUUCGGAUUUAUGUUACUCUCUCGCCGGCUUGGUUUAUGCAACAAGAAGAAGUUAGAAGCCUCCUUCCACGCUGGUAUGGAGGAGCCAAAAAUCAUUAUGGUCAAACUCCGUCACAAGUUUUCGACGUAGAACACCAACAAUUGACAAAAGAAGCGAAUGAUUGGGCAAAGAAAACUGCAGAUUCUUUUAUUCUGGUACCUGUUUUAAUUGUCACCAUUAUGUUUGCGGCAAUUUUUACAGUUCCUGGCGGGAACAAUCAAGAAACCGGCAUCCCCAUAUUAUUGCAUACAAAACUGUUUUCCGGGUUUCUAGUAUGUGAUGUGGUUUCCCUCUUUACUGCAUCAAUUUCAAUGCUGCUAUUUCUAAUUAUACUCACAGAAUCCUAUGAUACAUUUGGUCUGCGCCGAACGCUGUCCUGGUACUUCCAGAUCGCUAUGUUCUUACUCAUAAUUUCAAUAGUAACGAUGACCUUGGGCUUCGUUUUUGCUCUUACAAUCAUGUUGCCAAGAGUGUGGCUGGUUGUACUAGCUAUAUUAUUACCAUACUAUGUAUUUAACUUCACCAGCCUGUGGAUUUUCCCCACUGCUGUUGAUGUUUAUGGACCAAUGUUAUGGACCAUUUGAAGAAUCUUGUUAGAAGUCUUUGAUGGCGUUAAAUUAUUUGUAUUUUUAUGUAAUUUUGUAAUGUGUGCAUUUAUGUUAUGAACCUUUUUUUUUUCGUGUGAAAAUAUCUGGUUUUGUGACUUUUUUCUUUCCAGAUUUCAUCUAUUUCAACUUUCAUUUUCAUUUUGACUUUAAUUCUUUGAUUGGUUGCAAAGGAAGUGCAAGAAAAAUACGAUAUGAAAAUCUGUUUGGUUGUAGAGACUGUGCACAAAAAUUAAUCUGAAAAUUUGUUUGGUUGCAGGAAAAAAGUUUUCCAACGAGGAAUAUUGUCCCCCUAUAUAUGGUAUGCUUUUCAGGUAAGAACUACAUCAAACUUUGAAAAACUGGAAGCAAGUUAUAGAGUCUAACCCGAUUUCCAGGGAUUUCCAGUGUAGUAGCAUGCUGUGCCAACCAUAGCCGCCUGAACAAUCACGCUAGCUCUCAUUAACAUCUGACCCAAAUGGGAAUUGCCUCACCUAAAACUGAUUAAUCCAGCAGUGAGCACCCCUGCAGUCAUAAGAGCACCU